GGGCGCGAGGGUUAAAAGACAAAGUGAUUCAGUGUGUGUGUGUGUGUGUCUGUGUGAUUCCAGCAGGUCAGCGGGUCCAUAACCAUCAAACCAUCUCACCCUUCCACAGGUAAACUCCUGAGCCGCGCGGUUCACCUCCACGAUCAUCUCUAACGACCACCACACCUGUGUGCAGACAUGCUGGAGACAAGCAGCGACGACUUGUUCCUGCCCUCCUAUCAGGACGAGGAGCUGGUGGACAACCUCCUCUCCAGCGAGGAGUCUGAUGGCGACGUAGGAGGCGGUCUCUCCCUGGCGAAGGCCCUGCUCCCCCUGGUGGAGUCGUCCUCCCCCCCGCUCAUGCCGUGGCUCUUCUCCACCCGUUACAAGACGGAGCUCUGCACCAGCUACUCCGCCACCGGCUUCUGCAAGUACGCAGAGCGCUGCCAGUUUGCCCACGGCCUCCACGAGCUCCACGUCCCCUUCCGCCACCCCAAGUACAAGACGGAGCUGUGCCGCAGCUAUCACACCACCGGCUACUGUUACUAUGGCAACCGCUGCCUGUUUGUGCACAGCGCCACAGAGCAGCGCCCUGCCGUCCGCCGCCGCAGGAACGUCCCCUGCCGCACCUUCCGCUCCUUCGGCGUCUGCCCGUUUGGUACCCGCUGUAACUUCCUGCACGUUGAGGGUGGCAGCGUGGACUCCCCUGAUGAUGUCGAGGAGAAGACUCCGCCUCUUCCCAGCCCUCAGCCACACCCACCUCCACAGACGAAGGAGUGGAAGCCGCGUGGCGCCCUGUGCCGCACCUUCAGCUCGUUCGGCUUCUGCCUGUACGGGACGCGCUGCCGCUUCCAGCACGGCCUCCCCAGCAAGAUGAAAAACUCAGAGUCGACAACGCCGCCUUACCCAAGCAGCUCAGGUUUACCUUCCCCCAACUCCCCCUUCACCUCCACCUCGCCUAAUUCCUCGACCUCCUCCUCCCCUCCGUCCACCUCCCCGCUUCUAACUCCACCAGCCGAGGCCACCGCCCACAACGCCUUCACCUUCUCCAGCCAGCACCUGAGCGACCUGCUGCUGCCGCUCGCACUGCACCUGCAGCAGCUGGAGAGCAGCAAGGCGUCGGAGAUCUGGGACAACCGGGCUCUCUGAUUGGCCGACAACAAGCAGCACUAACAGCACAGCUCCUUUUUAAAUGUUUUUGUUUUUUAACCCUCGUUCUGAGGACAUUUUUUUUUUUUAAACUGAAGGUUGUUUGACUCGAGGGCUCGUGUCUGCAGGACUCGACUGGUUCUGGUCUCCUGUAACUUAAGGUGUAGCUAUGAGUGUAAUUUAAGUUUUUAACUAUUGUAAAUACUUUAUUAUUGAACUGAGUGAAUGAAAUGUCUGAGCUCAGGAUCAUGAAUAAACUCAUUUUAAUCUCUAAACUCUA